CGUUAGUUGCCUUGCGCCGAGAAACAGUGGGCAGGAAACGACAGGCAGAGAAAGACUUGUUCACGCGUUCCGACACCAUGGCACAGUACAAAUAACCGAAAAUGUGCUCCACGUUAUAUUACUAAUGUUCGGGAACGGCCACAGUCUUCGGCUUCUUACCAAGACUUUUGGAGACGUUCCUCGAAAGCUUUUCCGCCGAAUGAUUUGACAACUGCCACCCGUGAAAGGUGUCUGCGGUCUAAAAACAUCGGGGCGGACCGCGGGUGGGAAGAGGAUUCGUAGAGAAGGUGCUGUCUGCUUUCUGGAGCCAUGAGGGAGUAUAAAGUGGUCGUGUUGGGAUCGGGUGGCGUGGGUAAAUCAGCAUUGACGGUUCAGUUUGUAACGGGAUCCUUCAUUGAGAAAUACGACCCCACAAUAGAGGAUUUCUACCGAAAGGAGAUCGAGGUGGACUCGUCGCCCUCUGUUCUGGAGAUACUGGACACGGCCGGGACCGAACAGUUCGCAUCCAUGCGAGACCUGUACAUCAAAAACGGGCAGGGAUUUAUUUUGGUCUACAGUCUGGUCAACCAGCAGAGCUUCCAAGAUAUCAAGGCAUUGAGGGAUCAAAUCAUCCGAGUGAAAAGAUACGAACGAGUGCCAAUGGUAUUGGUUGGAAACAAGGUGGACUUGGAAGGCGAGAGGGAGGUCUCUUCCGGGGAAGGCAAGGCGCUGGCUCAGGAGUGGAAUUGCCCGUUUAUGGAAACUUCUGCAAAAAAUAAAGGCUUGGUCGACGAACUGUUCGCAGAAAUCGUGAGACAGAUGAACUAUUCUUCUUUACCCAGCGGUGGAGAUCGCUGUUGUUCUUGUGUGCUUCUCUAAGAAAACAUGUUUCGUGCAGCUGUCAUUCAGGCCUGGAGAGAUGGAUUGGAGGACUCCUCCCUCUGCUGAACAGGGAGGGUCUGCUUUCUGUGGAUUCUGCUGGGCUCAAGGAACAUUUGCCCCCCCCCCCCCCCCCCCCCCCACAAUUUUUUGGGGGAAACUCCCUGCAGAAGCAAUUUUUUUCUUUUUUUUUGGUACAGUGUCAAAUAAAUAUGCCCAUAUGCCAGUCAGUAAACCUGCACUGUUCACUGGAAUUAGCCUAAACCUGAGCAUCCUGUUCAAAUAAGACUAAACAUAACAAAUAGCUUGAACAUCAAGCUGUGGUACAUUACCUGUUGAUAAAAGCCUACUCAAGACAUGGGGCGUAUUCAUUACGCAGAUUCUGUUGCAAAACGUUUCUUAAACGGAAGAAAACGGGGCGUGACCUACCUGAAUCUGUCCAAUAGAAACUUGUUUUUCUCUAUUUGCUUACGUUUGGUUGUUAAACGGUUUCCAUAAUGAAUACGCCCCUGGAUUGUGGUGGUUUGAAUUGUGUUUUUUCUUUGGGACUGGUGAUGCCGUUGGAUUGAAUACAAAGCUUGCACUUCCCUUGCCAGUGUCACUCUUUGAUUUGCACAAACAAGGACCUUACAGAUGUCACUGACAUGGAGAAUACGGAUGACUGGACCCCAUGUCAAGUGCCUUCCUAAGAAUUACACUUGUCUCCAUGUGCCAACCAAGGAGCCCUCUAAUCACAAGCGUACUUUACAGUUUUCAGUUGGGCUCAUAGUGUUACUUUUUGUAUUUUUCAGAGAGGAAGUUGAGGUGUAGACCUAGACCAACUAGCAGUUAUUUUAUGGCAAGUUUGGCCUAUUUUUAAUUUUAUUUUCUGCCCCCCCCCCCCACACUGGUACUAAUUCACUGAGAAUAUGAGCCCAAGCAGAUUUAUGCUGUGGGGUUCAGAGAAAAGUAAGCCAUAUUUGUGUUUUAAUUUGACAUUUUUAUGAUUACUUUCUGAAAUGUGAAAUCCUGAUUCAAUUGUCAUUUUGACCUCAAGUCUAUUACUACCCUCCUGUCUGGUUUGGAGGACUUUUGAAUACAAAAGGCAUUUUCUGCAA